AUGUACAAAGACCGUCACUACUGGCUCCCCGAAGUUGAUAUGGCUGCGAAACAUUUCAUUACUGAUGGGACAACAUUCGUCCAAGACGCUCUGCAUGGUUUGGCAUUGGCCAACCCAUCAUUGCGUCAUGAUGGGGAUAAAGCGGUCACAAUUAUCUCCGGUGGUGGGGCUGGCCAUGAGCCCUCGUUUGUAGGUCUUGUUGGUGAUGGUCUACUCAGUGCCGCCGUAUCGGGGUCCAUUUUUGCUUCCCCAAGUGUGCACCAAAUACAAAGUACCAUAUCACGAGUGGCUGGCUCCGCCGGAACCCUGCUUGUAAUUAUGAAUUACACGGGCGACGUAUUGCACUUCCAUCUGGCUGCUGAAAAAGCUAGACUUGCUGGCUUCGACACUAGUGUACUUGUGGUCGGAGAUGAUGUAUCGGUUGGUCGACGCAAGAGCGGCAAGGUCGGAAGACGAGGCCUUGCAGGUACUGUCCUUGUUGAAAAGGUUCUGGGGGCUCUUGCACAGCAAGGCAAGAUGACUCUUCAUGAGCUCUGCAAGGCUGGCGAAGAUGUAGUGAACAACCUCGCUACUGUUGGCGCUGCGUUAGACCAUGUUCACAUCGUAGGAAAGCCCACGACAGAUUUUACAGACCGCGUGGAUCAGGUUGAAGUGGCCGCCCGUCUCAAGCCUACAAGGUUAUAUUCCGGCACUUUCAUGACCAGUUUGGAUGGGAAAGGCUUCAGUAUUACGCUACUCAAGGCUAACUCUGAAAUGCUUGAGGCAUUAGAUGCGCCAGCUUCCACACCAGGUUGGUCGAUCACGCCAAGAAUUGGUGCAAAUGGCACCGAAGGGGGAGGGAAGACAUCCCUUGGUAGGAGCCAUCAGGAAACUUCGUCAACCAAGCCAACAUCUCAACUGAUAGUUGAUGAGCGAUAUUUUUUAGCAAUGCUUAAGCGUGCUUGUGAGGUAAUCAUUGCUGCAGAGGCUGAAAUCGAUCGGUUCGACGCGGUGGUAGGAGAUGGGGACUGCGGAUCGACCCUAGCACGGACCGCACGUGCGAUCCUGCAAGAAGUGUUCAUCAAAGGCCAAUAUACCAGUGAAGACGGUGACAUCGUCCAUUUUCUCGAGUUCCUGGCACUCGUCGUAGAGAACAAUAUGGAUGGUACAUCGGGGGCGCUUUAUGCAAUCUUCUUGAAUGCCCUAGCUGGUUCCCUUCGAGCAAUCGGCAAAAGAUUGCCAAAGCAAUGCCUAAUUCAGCGUCAAAAUUGGGUUGAAGCUUCCAGUGAGGCACUUCAAGCCGUAUGCCAAGCUACACCAGCCCGUGUGGGAGACCGCACGGUUAUGGACGUUUUGGAUCCCUUCAUAACGUCUCUGCAGAAUGGUGCAACAGUAGCCGCAGCAAUUGAUGCUGCACGAGAGGGGCGCGAAAGCACAAAAGGCAUGAGUGCAUCUCUUGGGCGCGCUGUCUACGUACCCGAAGAAGAAUGGAGUAGGGUUCCUGACCCUGGUGCGGUGGGACUGGUGUAUCUUCUGGAAGGCCUGUUGGGUGUUUGA